CACAAAACCUUUCUGGGAAAUAGAUUCCUGGAAGCUCAGUCAGUCCAAAGUGAACUGAGCUGUUUUCUGCUCUGCAGUCUACUGACUACAGAGGACACACUAAACUGCAGACAACCGGCAAGCCCAUACCAAUAUUUAUUUCUCGUAAUUUGUGUUACUAUAGCAGGUAGUUAAAGGAAAUGUUUGCUUUUUGGCCACCAUCCGAGAUUAUUCGACUGUGACUUGGAGGAAUAUUUAUUAUUUAGUGUUUCUCAAACUGGUCGCGAGCCUACAUGAUUUCCCUUGCUUUAAGUGCUGCUGUCAGUAAGAAAUGGUUGCCCGGACAGUGACAGUUUUCCAUCAUGAGGAGCGAGGAGGAGGUUCAUGUUUCCCACAUCCCUCUCCUCCACCCCAGGAGCUUGCAGAGGACCUCUGCUGCAUCACCACCAACUUCAAGUAUCUGCAGACCUCAGGCUGGUACUGGGGUUCCAUCUCAGCGAGUGAAGCUCGGGAGGCUCUUUUACAGAAGCCUGAGGGCACGUUUCUGAUGCGGGACAGCAAUCACCCUCAGUACAUGCUGGCCCUGUCAGUGCAGACCCGUUGUGGUCCCACAAGCGUCCGCAUCGAGUACAGCCAGGGCUCCUUCUGGCUGGACUCCAUUUCCCCCGGCCUGCCUCAGCUGCAGUCCUUCCCAGAUGUCGUCAGCCUCAUACAGCACUACACGGGCUCAGGCCAAACACCACAGGGCCACUCUUCUAAUCACACCUUCACCGAAACAAAGCCUGACUCUGAAAAGCACACAGCUAAGGACUGCGGGGUGCCUCUGAAGCUGAAGCACCCUCUGCACAAACGAGACGCCUUCCCUUCUCUGCAGCACUUGGCGCGCCUAGCCAUUAACAGACACACGACAGACUGCCCUGAUCUGCUGCCACUUCCAAAGCCUCUUCUGCAGUACCUGCAGGACUACCCGUUUAGCAUUUGAGAGUACUUCUGAGACACAGGGAUGGGGAUGUGAGUCAGGGUCACACUCCAGGAAGACACUGUGAAUCUGAGACUCUUUGACAGCCCCGAAGGGAGAACAUUGAAAAGCUUUAAUAGGACAAUAGGACAAUGGACAAUGUGAGUGUGCUCGGUCUUACUAUAGUGGCACUGCUGUUCUCCAGACUUUUUUUUAAAUAUUGUUACGUUCCUUUCAAUAAUGUACAUUUAUUUUGUUUCCAAAGUAUUUCCCUUUUUUCUCUCACCACUUAGAGUGUUGUAUAACUUGUUGCUUGUUUUAGCCCAGUUGAUUUACCACAAAGGAGACUCAACUUCUCUUUAUUAAAUCAGUUCAAAAGCAGCUUCUGAUUGCCUUUUGGUCCCAGGAGAGAGACUAUAUGUCAUCAUUUACACUUAUAUCUAAGAAGCACUGUUGAAAUCGGAUAGCAUAGAUCCUUUCCAGGGGCAACUGGAAUCCCAUACAACCUUUGGGUACCUUUAAGUUAAUUACAAAAUCUUUCAAAAAUGUAUAUUCAUCAUUUUUCAUUGUAUUUUGGCUUUUUUUUAGAUACAGCAUGAGUUUUCAUUACCAAUUAUUUUACAGGAGGUAUGAGCCACAAAGUGUCAGAAAAGAGAUUUUCCGCUGCUUGUUGUAACUGUAAUGAUUUGUUUCUUGAAUGUCUGCUCACUGACAAUUUCAGUAUGAUUAAAAGUCCAAACCGUUGAUGGUACAUCGAUUUAGCAUGUUUUUGGUUUUAAGACAUGAGGUUGACACCUCACGUAAAACAUAUUAAAAGGACACGGGGGCAGACAACUUAAUCUAAAAGAUAUAAUAAAAAAGCUGGGCACAC